UCACACUUGAAGAAGUAUGGAGAUUCCUGUCGGCACGUAGCCGUUACUUUCUCUCUCUCCGCUACUUUUUCCUUUGUAUUGUUAUAUUUAUUCACUGGGUCGCAAAUGAAGAGACAGAGGUCAAAGUGAAGAUUGGAUAUAAAGCACAUUGACUGUGAUGGCAGCUUCUGAUCUAUACUCCAAGUAUGCCCGGGUCUGGCUCCCAGAUGGUGUGGAGGCAUGGAGGCCAGCAGAGCUCACCAAAGACUACACUCCUGGAGACAGGGCUCUGUGUCUACAGCUGGAGGAUGGCACAAAUGUGGAACACAAGAUCGACCCCCAGACCAACAGUUUACCCCCGCUAAGGAACCCUGAUAUCCUGGUGGGGGAGAAUGACCUGACAGCUCUCAGCUACCUCCACGAACCAGCAGUUCUACACAAUCUCAAAGUGCGCUUCGUGGAGUCCAAGAUGAUCUACACGUACUGUGGCAUCGUGUUGGUUGCUAUCAACCCCUAUGAGAGUAUUCCCAUCUAUGACCAUGACAUCAUCAACGCCUACAGUGGACAGAACAUGGGAGAUAUGGACCCUCACAUCUUCGCUGUGGCAGAGGAGGCUUACAAACAGAUGGCCAGAGAUCAGAGGAACCAGUCCAUCAUAGUGAGUGGGGAGUCUGGGGCUGGUAAAACAGUCUCUGCUAAGUAUGCCAUGAGAUACUUCGCUACAGUCAGCGGGUCCUCCAGCGAGGCUAAUGUGGAGGAGAGAGUACUGGCCUCUAGCCCCAUCAUGGAGGCCAUCGGGAAUGCAAAGACGACUAGAAACGACAACAGCAGUCGCUUUGGGAAGUACAUCGAGAUUGGAUUCGACAAAAACUAUCACAUCGUCGGAGCCAACAUGAGAACGUACUUGCUAGAGAAAUCUAGAGUGGUGUUUCAGGCUACCGAGGAGAGGAACUACCAUAUCUUCUACCAACUGUGUGCCUCCUCACACCUUCCUGAGUUCAAAACUCUCCAGUUAGGUAACGCUGAUGAUUUCCGCUGUACCAACCAGGGAGGUAGCCCUGUCAUAGAGGGAGUAGACGAUGCCAAAGAGAUGUGCAACACCAGGAGGGCUUUCUCACUGUUAGGAAUCAAUGAAACGUACCAGAUGGAACUUUUCCAAAUCCUGGCCGCUCUGCUUCACCUUGGCAACGUGGAGGUGGAAGAGAGAUCGGCAGACAGCAGUACCAUCCUGCCUGACAAUAGUCACCUGACGGUGUUCUGUGAGCUGAUGGGCGUGGCCUACCAGGACAUGUCUCAUUGGCUGUGCCACAGGAAAUUGAAGACUGCCACGGAGACCUACGUUAAGCCCCUCUCCAAAGUGCAUGCGGUCAACGCGCGGGACGCGCUGGCCAAACACAUCUACGCUAAACUCUUCAGCUGGAUCGUGGACCACAUCAAUGAGGCUCUGCGCUCUGCUGUCAAACAGCACUCCUUCAUUGGGGUUCUCGACAUCUAUGGGUUUGAAACGUUUCACAUCAACAGCUUUGAGCAGUUCUGUAUCAACUAUGCCAACGAGAAGCUUCAACAGCAGUUUAACAUGCAUGUGUUCAAGCUGGAGCAGGAGGAGUACAUGAAGGAGGAGAUUCCCUGGACUCUAAUAGACUUCUAUGAUAACCAUCCCUGUAUCAACCUCAUCGAGGCCAAGAUGGGGGUCCUGGACCUGCUGGAUGAGGAGUGCAAAAUGCCCAAAGGCUCCGAUGACACAUGGGCUCAGAAACUUUACAACACCUUCCUGAAGAAAAAUGAUCUUUUUGACAAACCUCGUAUGUCCAACAAAGCCUUUAUCAUUCUCCACUUUGCAGACAAGGUGGAGUACCAGUGUGAGGGAUUCCUGGAGAAGAAUAAGGACACUGUCAAUGAGGAGCAGAUUAUUGUGCUCAAGCUAAGCAAGUUUGAUCUGCUGUUGGAGCUGUUCGGCGACGAGGAGAAGCCUGCAGGCUCCCUGACCAGUCGCAGUAAGAUGACACGGCCUGUUCAGGCUCAGAGAGACCACAAGAAGACCGUCGGAACGCAGUUUCGUAACUCUCUACAUCUGCUGAUGGAGACUCUGAAUGGAACAACCCCUCACUAUGUACGCUGCAUCAAGCCCAAUGACCUCAAAUCCCCAUUCAUGAUGGACCCCAUGAGGGCAGUACAGCAGUUACGGGCUUGUGGAGUCCUGGAGACCAUCCGCAUCUCAGCGGCAGGCUUCCCAUCCAGGUGGACCUACCAGGAGUUUUUCAACCGGUACCGGGUUCUGAUGAAACAGAAGGACAUUCUCUCAGACAGGAAGCAGACUUGCAGGAACGUCCUGGAGAAAUGGGUUCAGGACCAGGACAAAUACCAGUUUGGAAAGAGCAAGAUCUUCUUCAGGGCGGGUCAGGUGGCCUAUCUAGAGAAGCUACGUUCUGAUAAAUUGAAGAAGGCGUGUGUUCGUAUCCAGAAGACUAUCAGAUGUUGGCUGGCCAGGAAGAGGUAUCUCCGUAUGAGACAAGCUGCCAUCACCAUACAGAAAAACACACGAGGUUACCAGGCGCGCUGUCUGGUAGUGUUCCUGAGGAGGAGCAGAGCAGCGGUUAUCAUCCAGAAGAACCAGCGUAUGUUAGUGGCCAGGAGACGCUACCAGCAGCAGAGGUCUGCAUCCAUCACCAUGCAGCGUCUGCUCCGGGCCUACCAGGCCAGACAGACCUACCGCAAGCUGCUGUACGAACACAAGGUUCUCACCAUCCAGAGGUGGGUGAGGGGCUGGCUGGCCAGGCGGAGGUGCAGACGGUCCCUGAGGGCCGUGGUUUAUCUCCAGAGCUGUGUGAGACGCGUGGCUGCCAGGAGGGAGCUGAGGAAGCUACGGGUGGAGGCGCGCUCUGUAGAACACUUCAAGACGCUCAACGUGGGCAUGGAGAACAAGAUCAUGCAAUUGCAGAGGAAGGUGGACGAACAGCACAAGGAGAACAGAGAGCUCAGUGAGAGGUUGCGUACUGUGGAGCGGUCCCGGGCAGCGGAGAGCGAGAGACUGGGGAGAGAGGUGGAGCGACUGCGCGUGGCAGAGGAGGAGAGCAGAGUUAAAGCAGACGGGGUACCCUCCCUCCUGGAACAGCUGUCAUUCCUCCGUCAGGAAUUGGAGACUACCAGGGAGGAAAAAGAGGCCAUACAGGAGCAGGCUAGGACAUACAGGGCGGACACUGAUAAGGUGGUGUCAGAGUUGAAUGAGAACAACAGCUUGUUGAUAACAGAGAAAGACAAUAUGAAUCAGCUGAUCCAGGAACAGAGACAACAGAUAGCAGAGAGCAAGGCUAAAGACGGUAUGCAGCUGGAGAGUGACCUCCGUGAGGAGCGUGACCACUACCAGAGUCUGCUGAGUGAAUACACACACCUAAAAGAGAGACACGCUGACCUGAAAGAAGAGAUGACUAUCAGCGUGAUCACCAAUAAACCAGGCCACCGGAGAACAGACUCCAACUACAGCAGCAAUGAGUCUGAGGGAACUCCCAGCUCUGGAUUCGCGGAGGGAAGAAACAGCUCCGUGAAAACUCCCAGCUCAACACGCAGCUCCUCGGGGUUCACCGAGUCGGAGACGAGAUCUCUACGAGGAGACGACGCGUCACACCAGGACGCGGUUGACAUGUCAGUCCUGUUGAAGCUGCAGAGGAGAGUCACCGAGCUGGAGCAGAACAAACAGACACUGCAGAGACAUCUGGAUAAGCGGGAGGAGGCACAACAAGACCAGGUCCAAAAUGCAGAGAAGCAAAAGACUGCGGGGAGAGCUGAGCUAGACCUGGAGGCUCUGAAACGCCAGGAGCUGGAGUCGGAGAACAAGAGGCUGAAGACAAACCUGGCAGACCUGCGUCAGUCUCUAGCUACAGUCUCCAACCCCGGGGGUAAGACCUCCACUACCAACCCCGGGGCUAAGACCAACCCCGGGGCUAAGACCAACCCCGGGGCUAAGACCUCCACCAGCAGCCCCGGGCCGGGCUCCGCUCCCUACACCGUGCUCCUUGAACAGCUCAACUCCUCCAACGAGGAGCUGGAGGUCAGGAAGGAGGAGGUGCUGCUCCUCCGCUCACACCUGGUCCGACAGGAGGUGCUCAAACACAACAAGGAAGCGUAUGGAGAGAUGCAUAAGAUGAUUCAUCUUGGUGAAACUCCACCCAAAGAGGCUGAUGGAUCCACUCCUGACUAUCACAAGUUGAACGAGGAUGGAGAGUUGUGGCUGGCUUACGACGGGUUGAAGGAGACCAACAGCCUGUUGGUGUCUCAGCUGCAGGUGCAGGACAAGAGGCACGAGGAGGAGGUGGAGGAGCUGAAAGAGGAGGUGCUCAGGGUAAGAGAGGAGAACAGGCAGCAGCAACAGUUCCUCUCCCAGAGUCUCCUCCUCCCCCAGGAGGCCCGCAUCGAGGCCAGUCUGCACCACGAGAUCACACGGCUUACCAGCGACAACCUGGACCUGAUGGAGCAGCAAGAGAAACAGGACAAGAUGAUCCGCAAACUAAAAAAACAGCUCAAAGUCUACGUCAAGAGGGUAGAAGAAUACGAAGCUAGCGGUCAGAUGGAGAGAGUGGCUCCAGGUCCAGAGCCUCGCUCUCCUGUUGGUAUCACCCGGAAGGAGAGGGACUUCCAAGGCAUGCUGGAGUACCGGAGGGGGGAUGAGAGCAAACUACUGAAGAGUCUGGUUGUGGAGCUGAAGCCUCGCGGUGUGGCGGUUAACUUCCUCCCUGGUCUGCCGGCCUACAUCCUGUUUAUGUGUCUGAGACAUGCUGACUACUCUAAUGAUGACCAGAGAGUCAGCAUCCUGCUCAACUCUACCAUCAACAGCAUCAAGGGAGUCCUCAAGAGACGAGGAGAUGACUUUGAGACUGUGUCUUUCUGGUUGGCCAACACCUGCCGGCUCCUACACUGCCUGAAGCAGUACAGUGGAGAGGAGGCGUUUGUAAAGAACAACACCCCGCGGCAGAAUGAGCACUGCUUGUGUAACUUUGACCUGUCAGAGUACCGUCAGGUCCUCAGUGACCUGGCCAUCCAGAACUACCAGCAGCUGGUCAGAUGCAUGGAGGAGGCCCUGCAGCCUAUGAUAGUUCCGGGUAUGCUGGAGCAUGAGAACUUCCAGGGAGUUCUGGGGUCUAAACCAACGGGCCUACGGAAGAGGACGUCCAGUUUCCCCGGAGAGGCUGUUUACACGGUGGACAGCAUCCUACAGCAACUCGGUCUCGUCCACGCUACCCUGAUUCAGCAUGACGUCGACCCCGAGCUCAUCAAACAGGGGGUGAGGCAGCAGUUCUACAUCAUCUGUUCUGUCACUCUCAACAACCUGCUGCUGAGGAAGGACAUGUGCUCCUGGAGUAAAGGACUGCAGAUCAGGUAUAAUGUGUGGCAGCUGGAGGAGUGGCUGGAGGAGAGGGGACUGUCAGACUGUGGAGCUAAAGAGAUGCUGGAGCCGCUGAUCCAGGCUGCUCAGUUACUACAGGUCAAGAAGAAGACUGAGGAGGACGCGCAGGCUAUCUGCACCAUGUGCUCUGCUCUCACCACAGUACAGAUUGUGAAAGUGCUAAGCUUGUACACCCCGGUGAUUGAAUUUGAGGAAAGGGUUUCUAUAUCCUUCAUUAGAACCAUACAGGCAUUGUUGAAAGGCCGCGUUGAGUCACCGCUGCUACUUAUGGACGCCAAGAAGAUAUUCUCUGUGACAUUUCCCUUCACCCACUCCCCGCUGGCUCUGGAAACCAUUCAGAUCCCUAGCAGUCUGAAUCUAGGAUUCCUCACUCGGGUCUAACCCCUCCCCCCUGGCUCUGGAAACCAAUCAGAUCCCUAGCAGUCUGAAUCUAGGAUUCCUCACUCGGGUCUAACCCCUCCCCCCUGGCUCUGGAAACCAAUCAGAUCCCUAGCAGUCUGAAUCUAGGAUUCCUCACACAGGUCUAACCCCUCCCCCCUGGCUCUGGAAACCAAUCAGAUCCCUAGCAGUCUGAAUCUAGGAUUCCUCACUCGGGUCUAACCCCUCCCCCCUGGCUCUGGAAACCAAUCAGAUCCCUAGCAGUCUGAAUCUAGGAUUCCUCACACGGGUCUAACCCCUCCCCCCUGGCUCUGGAAACCAAUCAGAUCCCUAGCAGUCUGAAUCUAGGAUUCCUCACUCGGGUCUAACCCCUCCCCCCUGGCUCUGGAAACCAAUCAGAUCCCUAGCAGUCUGAAUCUAGGAUUCCUCACACGGGUCUAACCCCUCCCCCCGGCUCUGGAAACCAAUCAGAUCCCUAGCAGUCUGAAUCUAGGAUUCCUCACACGGGUCUAACCCCUCCCCCCUGGCUCUGGAAACCAAUCAGAUCCCUAGUGUAUCCUUCUAUCCUCCCUCCUUGAAGUCAUCUCUGAUUUUACAUAAAGUUGGACAGAUUUGAUUUACUUUAAGGAAGGGAGGAAGAAAUUUGAACGGCGCCCAGGAAUUCUCCCCAAUGGGCCUGAGGGAACUAUAUGAUUCACCAAAGAUGCCUGACCAUUCAUGUUUUACAAAUGCCCUGGAAAAAGUCAGUCCGUUUUUAUAAUGUGGUCCUGACCACUUACAAUAGAAACAAGGGACAUUGGAGACGCUUUGUAAUAAUAUGAUGUAUUUGGCAAGAGAUAAAUGAUAUUGUAAUAAUAAAUAAUGAAUCUUUUAGCAAUA